ACCAUACAUACAUACCAUUACCUUUUGCUCGGUUGCACAUCCCCAUCUCUAGGCCUGUUCAUUGUUGCUCCAAGCUUGGCCUGGCCCCUCCAUUCUCUGUAAACCCUUGAUAUAAGCCAGAAUCCCUUGUGGUGCUUACCUCUUCACCAUUCUAACCAUCAUGGCUACCCCAGUUGAUAACCACCCACGUCCCAGCCUCCAUCCUCUAUGGAGCUCCCAAUACAAUCUCGGCGGGUUCCCUCGCUCAGCCGGCAGACCCUCUGCCCCCAAUUCCUAUUACAGCCCUUCUGACCGUUCACCCAAAAGCCUGCCUACUCCCGUGUUUCCCUCCAAUGAUGGGUCCAUGAGGCAACAUGAGCGGGCCAUGGUUGACCGACUCGGCCACAGAAUCCGUCAGUCACAGCCUGCCGACCUAACCCCGCCAAAGUCUGCUGCUCGACCACGGCCGCUGUCUCCUCUCGCAGGGCAUCCAGCAAGAGAUGCCAGGCGGUACUCGGCCACUGCGCCCAUAAGCCCACGCCGGCCGGGACCCCCGCCCCCGGCAACUCCUGGGUCACCCCCAACCGUGGCUAGCCACCGAAGACAGACCCUCGCGGCGGAAACGCGAUCCAUGCUUCUCGCCGGACUGGGGGAGGAGGUUCAGCGACGACAAUCAGUGGCAGGAGCCGGUUAUUUCGCCCGAUCAAAAGACGCCGAGAAGCGGCUUCAUCUCGAACAGUUGAGGGCAUGGGGUCGCGUGUACCUUGGUGAUGCCAAAACCUCGGACGUUUUUGUUCAAGCAGUGGCCCUCCGGCGGCAAUCCGAUGCCAGCACCGGCUCAGAAAACUCGACGGGCGACUCAUCACCCCCUCGCAUGCCGCCUACACCGACGACACCCUCUCACCAGACGGCGAUUCGAGCCCGCGUACGUCCUAAAGCUCUGGAACGCAAACCGUUUCUCAUCCAGCGCACCUUCGACAUCGAGCAGCUGCGCUCCACCGUCCCAGAUCCGUUGCCAAGCUCGCCCCCGGCAGACCAGAGGCGGCGGCCCUCUCUGCAGACUCUGAAGACAUCACCGCUACCAAACGUCUCAUCGCCUCGGCCGAGCGCGGCAAGAAGGAGGUCGAGUAGCGCGGCACUCAACCCUCUUCCUUACAGCCGUGGGCUGAAAUCUGGAGAUGCUCGAGUAGCUCCAUCGCGUGGCGCCACCACCAUGCCAAUUCACCUCCAGUACGCCCGGUCCUCUCUCCCGGUGCUGGCAGCCCUCAUUGUUUCUGGCCACAUCACGACGGGCGACGUUAUCGAUCUGCCACUGCCCCAUCCCGAGGCCUGGGCCAACACCGUCGCCUACGUGUAUACGGGACAAGGGGAGGUGACGGAUGCGGUGAGGGAAAACAUCCUAUACCUUGCUGGAAAGGUUUAAUGCCCAUGAGUACCUCUUUACCCCCAUCUUCCUUUCACGACUUAUGACUCCUUUUCUUUCUGCUCUUUCACCCUUCCACCCUCCUUUUACGGAUGCGGCAUUCUGCAAACCUUUCUUCUUCUUUUCAUCAUGUCCAUGAUCACGCAGAAAUGGAGAUGUAGCGAUUGCGUGGUAUUUUUUUCUUCCUCUUGCCAAAGGUCUUUGCAACCACAACAUCCUUCCUUUGUCCAUCCCAUCUGCAUAGCAGGGGUAUGAUCUUCGACUGUACGACCUUGUUUUAUAUCACAAGCAAUGUUUUAUCUUC